GAAAGAGGUGCAGUCGUGCAAUCGUCUUUCCCUCGACCCAGCGUGUAUCAAACUGCACCGCGGCUCAUCUAUAGAGACUGCAUGCAUACCUGUUCUGGAGCGUCUGUGUUGCCGUUGGCCAUCAGGUUUUGACAUAUAUAUGUUCCCCGGCUGAACAUUAUACAAUGGCGAAUACCACUUCAGGGUAUCGAGGCUCGCGAGCACUAAUAUCGGCUGUUAUUGCCUCAUUGAACCUGGGAUAUGUUGUUGGCUACAGAGUUGAAACCGUCGUCACCCUCGUUCAGACGACAGUCUGGAUCAACACCCUCUCGGCCUACUCUGCUUUGCCUACCUGUGCGCAAACACCAAUCAAUAAUGUCGUUAGAAAUAUGGAGAACGGAUGUGGCGACGGGAAUCGUCUUACAAGCUUCAGUUGCUUCUGCUCCGAAUCAAGCAGCGCCUUCAACACAAUCAUAUCCAGGGCCGUUCAAUCAGAAUGCGCAAACGAUGCCGCCGUGGCAAACGACGUCGGCAAUGCCAUGAACGUCUUCGCCGAAUAUUGCAGACAGUCGCCCAUCAUCCGACUCGGCGCUGCUACAAUAACAACCGAAAUCACUGAGAUCCAUCAGACUGCAGCUCCAGCAUCAAGUACAUCCCUCCCAACAUCAACCUCAUUCCCCUCGAGCGGUAUCAGCGCUCAGACACGAAUCGCAAUCGCCAUACCGGUCGUCAUUGGCGCUGCCCUCCUACUCCUUGCCAUCGUCGCUGGAUUUUUGUACCUUCGCCGCAGUCAUGAGGGCAGGAAUCAAUCUCAGUCCUGGAAUGAUCGAACAACUCAGUCUCAAACCUGGCAUGGUCGAACAAACCAUCCUCAGCCAGGGGACAAUCAAACGACCGAGUGUCAAACCUGGCAUGGUCGAACGACCGACCAUCAUCCAUUCGACGAUCGGGCAACACAGUCUUCACCCUGGAAUGACUCAUAUGCGCACCUAAUUCCGCCAAAAGAAGUGGCAGGCAUGCAGCGCUACGAACUCGCAGGCGAGACAGUCAAGCGACAGGAGCUUCCCGAGAAUCUUGCAAAGGGCACUUUGCACGGGGAGGAUAAUUUCGUCCCAGAAAAGGCAGAUUCGUCUGAAUGGGAAUUUACACUACCGAUUCAGGAGCCUCCUUAUCCACCGGCGGUUACGCAGAGGACGUUCGUCGAGGUGCAUCACUGGGACAUUCCGUCAGAAAGCGGACUGGAUACGAUCAUCAGUCCGCUCGAUGAAAGAUAUGGAAGAGGGGGGACUGGCACGACGUGGCUUACGGUCCCGUCGCCGCUGCCGCCAGAGUAUUCAUAAUAUUACAGUAGAUAUAGAGCUCAUGUAUAAAAGAAAGC